AUGCUGUCAUCGGAGGAGCAAUCCGUUAUCCUGAAGUGGGUAUUGAAUUUCCGGCUAUCCUGUCCCGUCAGGAAGCUCAGCCGAGAUCUAGCGGAUGGAGUACUGGUAGCGGAAAUUCUUCAUCACCUUUUUCCUCGCUUGGUGGAUAUGCACAACUACACCAAAGGCUUCGCCAUCGUCCGGAAGCUGGACAAUUGGGACACGCUGAAUAGGAAAGUCCUUAAAAAGUUGGAAAUACACCUUACUCCGGACGUUAUACACGCGGUUGCGAAUGGAGUACAGGGCGCUAUUUAUGACGUGCUACUGGAAGUUAUGAUCAAAGCAGAACAGCACGGAACAGAAAAUGAGGCCUUUUCGGAAAAUUAA